AUGAUUAAUGUGGUCCUAUCAAUGUGCACAAUGCAUGCUGUUCUUCAAUGUUCUGCCAUGUUCUACAUACACUAUAUUGCCAAAAGUAUUGGGAUACCCCUCCAAAUCAUUGGAUUCAGGUGUUCCAAUCACCUCCAUGGGCACAGGUGUAUAAAACCAAGCACCUAGGCAUGCAGACUUCUAAAAACAUUUGUGAAAGAAUCAGUCACUCUCAGGAGCUCAGUGAAUUCAAGCGUGGUACCGUGAUAGGCUACCACCUGUGUAAUAAGUCCAUCCAUGAAAUUUCCUUGCUACUAAAUAUUCCACGGUCAACUGUUAGUGGUAUUAUAACAAAGUAGAAGCAACUGGGAACAACAGUAACUCACCCAUGAAAUGGCGGACAUAUAAAAUGACAGAGCAGUGUCAGUGCAUGCUGAAAUGCACAGUGCACAGAUGUUGCCAACUGUCUGCAGAGUCAAUAGCUAAAGACCUCCAAACUUUGUGUGGCCUUCAAAUUAGCACAACAACAGUGCAUAGAGAGCUUCAUAGAAUGGGUUUCCAUGGCCAAGCAGCUGCAUCCAAGCCUUACAUUACCAAGUGCAAUGCAAAGCGUCGGAUGCAGUGGUGUAAAGCACGCUGCCACUGGACUCUAG